GAUCUCUGCGACAUGAGGCAAGUUAAAGAGACGAGAUAUGAGCCGUUCGAUUGGCUGUGUUUUGGAAAAUAUUUUGGGUGCAAAAUCAGUAGCGUUGAAAAGUUUCAUCAGUUCGGCAGGCUUUAGAAUGAUCGGGAAGUGUUUCGGAUUGAUUCUGGUGAUUACGGUGCUUCGAGUGGUGCGCGUUUCGGGAAUGGAUGCGAUCUGUGAGCGGAUCGAUUUCAACGACUUCUCGCAAAGGAAGAUCCGGGAGUGUACGGGAUCUACUAAGGAGAUUUUCCGGUUAAAAUCGUAUGUGGAUUCGGUAUUUUUUAAACCGUACCGGGACAAUGUGUUCUACUACCUGAGCAAUGACGUUCUGGGUGUGAGCUGUUGCGAGACGGAGGAAUCUUUCUACAUGCACGAGUACACGGAAAUUCGGCUCAUAUACCAGCUGGUAUUUCGGACGUUGUCCACUUUGACACUGAGGAUACUCGAUAUGGAUCAAAUACAGAACGGACAGCCGGUGGUGGCGCAGCGUUGGAGCUCACAACAGCCGACGAGUACGUGGAGUUUGUUUGUUGGGCGGGUGGAGCGUGAAAUUCGCCGGGCCAAGCUGCAGAUAGAGGUGAACAUGAGCAUCGGAGCAGAAGUGGCGAUUGAAUAUGUGACGGUUUUCAACUCACUGGUUCAGGAGCAGUUUUGCAAGGAGUUGGAUGAAUUCUACAGUUCUCCGGCAAUACCAACCUCGACAACGACAGCGAUGACAACUACGGCGAGGCCUACUACAACUACGACUACCAGGCCAACUACCACAACAACAAGGCCAACAACGACCACAACUAGGGCGACAACAACAACAACAACAACGGAAAGGCCUACCACAACUACGACAAGGCCCACAACAACUACGAGAAGGCCCACAACAACUACGAGAAGUACGACCUUGUCGACAACUACGACUUUGGAACCCACCACAAGAACUACUGUUCGUCCGACCAGAACACAAACCACUACUCCUAUAUCAACAACAACAACAACAACAACAACAACAACGACGACGACGACAACUCCAGAACCGUCUACAACCACUCCUGAACCAUCUACGACGACUACAGAGUCGAAAACAUUAUCUACGAGUACAACGGCGACCCCACCACCAAUACCCGAGAACACCACAGAAGAACAUCCGACAUCAGUCCCAACAGCAUCCCCUGUGUUGCAACCCCGCUCGGAUGCAGUCUGGAUGGUGCUCACAGGAGUCUUCAUCACUCUGUUCCUUCUGACCGUCGCCUCCGGAGUGUACAUCUACUCCAACAGUCGGUUGAUCAGCCGAACGAUAGCCAAGGAAUUUGGUAUUGAUCUAUCGCCCAAAAACACCAACCACCACGCAAACAACCACCAUCCGUAUCCACUGGAUCAAACCAUCCACCGGAAGCUGCAACAGCAGCUGAAAAAUCGCCUACGCCAGCAGCACAGUUUUGAAGCGGAGGACACGACCAGCAACAACAGUAGCCGACGGAGCAUGAAGCGAGGCUUCGAGCAGAGUAAGUACCCCAGGGGCUCCAAUGUCAACCUCAAUCGCUCGACGAUGCUGGAUGGCUUCCGAGAUGAUGACAAAAAGGAGCUCAAGUUCCAGAACCGGUUGAACAAGCUGUGAGCAUGUAUACGUAGAACUCUGUGGGGGCGGAGGCAGUGGUGCUAUCAGUUACACAGUUAUUUUAGGUGAUAA